AGCUUUCACCAGGGAAAGCUCCUGGUUGUCCCUGAUUAGUAGCCACAUUGUCUUUUGUUUGUUUUUCUCCUGGUUGGUGAGCGGAAAACUCCUUUUCUUUUCUUCUCGGCCUCAGUGCAAUGAUCCUCUGGCAGCUAGAUCAGUCUUGGCUUCCCUCAGAUGGACUUGCCGCAUGGUUUCUUGUAGCUGGGUUUGUACGGUAGUUGCGUAAUACCGAGUGAUUACCAUACAAUGGGCUGGAUUCAUCAAAGACCAGAGGCUGAGCCUUGAAAACAUGACUCUUGUGGCUAUUCAUGCAGUCCUGAGUACUCUGUAUUUAUGCUGCCACAGAAAGAACUGGUUACACUCAGAGGAGAAACACGUCAGCUGCAGGGAAGCAUUUACUAAGGACUGAAAUGAAUUUGCAGCCAAAGGAUCCACAUCAUGAAUAGAUACACUACUAUCAAACAGCUUGGCGAUGGGACGUAUGGCUCCGUCCUCCUAGGGAGAAGCAUUGACUCUGGGGAGCUAAUUGCCAUUAAAAAGAUGAAGAGAAAGUUCUACUCUUGGGAGGAAUGCAUGAAUCUUCGAGAGGUUAAGUCUUUGAAGAAAUUAAACCAUGCCAAUAUAGUAAAACUGAAAGAAGUUAUCAGGGAAAAUGAUCAUCUUUAUUUUGUGUUUGAAUACAUGAAGGAAAAUCUUUACCAAUUGAUGAAAGAAAGAAACAAACUGUUUCCUGAAUCUACAGUUAGGAAUAUUAUGUAUCAGAUCCUGCAAGGGCUUGCAUUUAUCCAUAAACAUGGGUUCUUUCACAGAGACUUGAAACCUGAAAACCUCCUUUGCAUGGGACCAGAACUUGUGAAAAUAGCUGACUUUGGCUUAGCCCGAGAAAUCCGAUCUAGGCCUCCUUAUACAGACUACGUAUCUACAAGAUGGUAUAGGGCUCCUGAAGUUCUUCUGAGGUCCACCAGUUAUAGCUCUCCCAUUGAUAUCUGGGCUGUCGGCUGUAUAAUGGCAGAGGUUUACACAUUAAGGCCUCUCUUCCCUGGUGCCAGUGAAAUAGAUACUAUAUUCAAGAUUUGCCAAGUACUGGGGACACCGAAAAAGAAUGACUGGCCUGAAGGCUACCAACUUGCAGGUACCAUGAAUUUUCGCUGGCCCCAGUGUGUACCUAACAACCUAAAGACCCUAAUUCCUAAUGCUGGCAGUGAGGCAGUUCAGCUCAUGCGAGACAUGCUACAAUGGGACCCCAAAAAGCGACCAACAGCUAGUCAGGCACUUCGAUAUCCCUACUUCCAGAUUGGACACACACUGGGCACCUCUCUCUGCAUUCAGGAACUGGGCAAGCAGCCGAAAGAACUCCAUGAUAAAGCAGCACUGCACCAUGUUAAACCAGUCCCUCCUGCACAACCCCCUACAAAACCCCAUGCCCAUCUCUCAUCUAGACCAUUCCAGCAAAGCCAGUCUUCCCAGUACCUCAUGUACCCAUAUAAAGCAGACUCCUUGGUGACUGACCACGGGACCCAGUUAAGAGAGGACGAGCCUGCUCAGGUGCUUCUGCCAGCACUUCGUAGUCAAGUUCCUCAGCAGAAAAUACCGGUUGGGACAGAGAACACGAAUGGUGAACUUAAACCAAAGACUAGGCGAAGAUGGGGACACAUUACUAGAACAAUGAAAGGUUCUGAAGAGUGGGAUGACUUGGAAGACUUGGAUUUUAGCUCUUCUUCCCUCUCCAGAACUGAUCUGAAAAACAAGAGGCGACAGAGUGAUGACGCUCUUUGUAGGUUUGAAAGCAUUUUGGAUCUGAAGCUUUCGGACAAUCUAGGUUCUGGCAACAGUGCCCCUUCCCAUGCGUCCUUUUCACGGCAGGACACACCCACCUUGCGAGUUUCUGCAGCCAAGCAGCAUUACUUGAAACAUUCUAGGUAUUUACCUGGGAUAAGCACAAGAAAUAGCAUAGUCUCCAGUUCAAGCAAGGAUUCUAUUGCGUCUAAUCCAUGGCCCACUUCUAGUUUGCCUGGAAAAGCUUCAGGUGUGGGAGGAGGGGUCAAUGGAACGAAUUCAGGGCACUCAGGAUCGAGCAGGUUGACGGGUGGUUAUAUCCCUUCAUUUCUGAAAAAGGAACUAGGCUCUGCUGGGCAGAGGGUUCAGUUAGCACCAAUUGCAGAUCCAUCUUCUAAUUACGCCUCUCUGAAGUCUGUCAGACCUCAUAUUGGGCGGCCAUCAUUUAAUACACCUUCAAAAAGCACACCAGCAUUAAUGCCGCGUCCACCGCCAAUUCAGCCAAUCCAUGGACGCACUGACUGGUCUUCAAAGUACGGAGCUCACCGGUGACUUGCAGAAAGCACUUUCUGUUGAAGCAGUGCACAUUUCUCAUGAAAUGGUGACCAAUGCUAGACCAUUUGCCAUGACUUUGUAAGCCUGUGAUUUUAAAGAAACCCUAUCUUCUUUGAGCAAGACAUUUCAAGACUUUUUUUUAGUUUAUUUGUAUUGAUUUGAAUGCAGUCGUAUACCUUUUUGUAUAAAAUUGUUUUGUUAUAUGAUAGGGUCCAAUUAUUUUCUUAAAACCAAUACAUUUUGUAUAUAUGGCUUGACGUUUUUGGCAUUUUAUACGAUAAACUUUGUAAUGAACUUGAUAAAAAUUUAAUAUUUCCUUUGUCAGGUCCAAAUAUUUUAUACAAGUAAAUAAAAUGUAGCAGACUGAGGCAGUAUUGCAAAGGAGAUGUAAUUGUGAGAAAGAGGCAUUCACCAAAUAUUGUUUUGUGAUCGUUACGCUCUGAAUGGGAUGUAUGAGGCAAGGUGGUCAAUCAUACUGAAUAACCCAGCCUUACUUUAGUGCCAUGCUGCACCAGCUGGAUGUGAUUGUCAGUCUUUCACCUGCUUUGGGCUGAAAGACUAAGGACCUGAACUUGCUCUCCUUGAGGUCAAUGGCAGGUGGAUUGGGCCCUAAAUCAAUCACAGGCUUAUUGAAGGGUGUUUUUUAGCUUUGGCUGGUGUUUGUAAAUUUGUCUUCACACUGUUUGUGCUGCCUGUCAGUUUUUCAGUUCUGGGGCUGAUCCUGCAAUCCCAAGGCCAAAUCCCCGCUAACCACACUGUGAGUUUGGCCUGAAUGAGACCAGCGGAUCAGGCUGCUAGUUUGACUACAUUCUGCCUGUUUUUAAUGCUAUCUCCAUUCAAUAAGUAUUCUGUGGGUUUUGCUCAUUUGUCCUGAAGUGCCACUUCAGACUUAACUGUCUUUCAGAGUGAAAAUAAAACAUGCUGCAUAGAGGGCUGCUCCUAUUAGUCAAUUAUAACGUUCCUAAAGAUUUCCACGAAGCAAAGUCAGGCCCUGUUUUUGUAGGGCAAGUAGGAGCUGGAGAAAUAUUUGAGGCAAUAUCGAAUAUGACAAAGCUGGUUCACAGGCAGACUAACGUAGUAUUAGUGAAAAGAACAGGAGUACUUGUGGCACCUUAGAGACUAACAAGUUUAUUAGAGCAU